UAGUUUAGCAAACAGUUUAGUAUUGGAUCUUAAGGCUUUUCAAAGGGUAGAAUCGACAAUUGGGCUAAAAAAUUUUAAAAAUGGUAUCUUUGACUGUACUCAAUUUGAUUUUAUAUAAUUUUCUGGAGCAUCACAUAAAAUGGGCCAUCAUUUUCAAUUGCUGGAAUAUGAAUACUCAAGUAGAAUUGACCGAAAUAUUGAUGGCCAAUAAUGUGUAUGUGCAAUUAUGGAAUAUAAACCGUCUAAAGCUGGAGGUUAAUAUUAAUGGCCAUUAUGUAACUCAUAAUAGUCCUCAUAUAGGCAUAUUUUUCGAUUUUAAUUGCGCAAAAUCGGAUAAAGUUCUCAAUAAGACCAGCCAAGAAAAACUAUUCACCGAUCGUUUUCAUUGGCUGAUUUACGAUGAUAACUCCAAUGUGACCAAAUUUCGUCAACAAUUCAAACAUUAUAAUAUGGCAGUAGAUGCUGAUGUCAACUACGUUUUUCCCAAUCAAGCCCUGUUGAAUUCGGAGCACAAUUUUUCAUAUCUCCUUUAUGAUGUCUAUAAUAAUGGAUACAAUUUGGGUGGAAAGUUGAAUAUGACACAUGAUAAGGAAAUAAUUUGCAGUCGAAAACAAUGUGAACUGAAGGAAUAUCUUUCCACUCUACAUGAGAAAAGUAAAUAUGAAAAUCGUUGGUAUCUAGGUGACAUGAAAAUGCGAGUAUCCACUGUGGUUACUAAGUUGCCCUUUACAGAAGACCCUGAAAAAAUACUAAAUUUUCUGGCUUCUGAGGAUCAUAAGCAUAUUGAUGGGGUGGCUCGAUUUGGUUUUGGUUAUCUAAUGAUUCUAAAGGAUACUCUGGGCUGCGAUUUUGCUUACAACUUCACCAAUGCCUGGAGCGUGACCUUAACAGAAGGUGGCAUUUUCGGUGCCAUGACCAUAGAGCAGACAGCCGAGAUUGGUUCAUCGCCCCUUACCUUGGCAAGGGGACGUUUUCCGCUGGCGCAACCUACCAUAGCUAUGGGUAACUUUCGUCAAGUUUGCAUAUUUCGCACGCCUCGUAAUUCCGGCAUUAGAGGUGAGGUAUAUUUGAAACCUUUUGCCUCUAUAGUAUGGAUAUUUUUGGUUGCCAUCAUAACAAUGACUGCAAUACUCUUGUGGAUCACCUUCAAAGUGGAGGCAAGUAAAUUGAAAAUUUAUUUGAGAUUUAUACCCUCGCUGCUGACUAGUGGAUUGAUUGCCUUUGGAUCGGCCUGUUGUCAGGGUAGUUUCCUGGUUCCCCGCUCGAUGGGUGGCCGAGUGGCCUUUUUCUCACUCUCACUGCUGACAUUCAUUAUUUACAACUAUUACACAUCAAUAGUGGUGGCUAUACUUCUGGGUUCACCCGUCAAAUCAAAUAUUAAAACUUUGCUGCAGCUGGGAGAGAGCAAUUUGGAGAUGGCAAUUGAACCCAUACCUUAUACGAAAAUGUAUAUAAAUACCUCUAAUGAUCCCGCAAUUCGUAGCAUUGUUCGCAAUAAAAUUCAACCCCUUAAGGACCCGCAAUCUAUAUGGAUGCCUAUUAAGGAAGGUUUGCAUAGAAUCCAUGAUGAUCCCGGCUUUGUCUAUGUUACGGAUACUUUUGCUAGUUAUGAUCUCAUCGAAAGGUCUUUUACGGCUCAAGAAAUAUGUGACACCAAUGAGAUUUUAUUCAGACCUGAGCAAUUGCUCUAUGAGCAGAUGCAUCGCAAUUCCUCUUAUAGAGAGUUUGUUAAAAUCAAACAAUUGCGCAUCUUGGAAUCUGGUGUCCAUCGCCGCCAUGAGGGUAAAUGGAUCAAGAAACGUUUGCAUUGCUAUCUCUCAAGUGGCGUUUUGCUACAAGUCGGCUUGGAAUACACCGCCCCUUUGUUCAUAAUGAUGGCCAGUGUUUAUGGUUUGGUCAUCAUUCUGCUCUUAAUGGAAAUUUGUUGGUUCAAGUAUUGGAAAGGCGUCAAUGUGGCUCGUUUCAUGACAUUUGGAAAAAAUUAAGCUGUUAUAUGGAGUUCAAAAGGAAAUAUGGUCUUUCACACUAUCAUGAAUUAUAUGCACAAUUUUGUAGGCCCUGAGCACCGAGUUACUUGAAAUAGAUUCAAUAUACACUAGCA